AUGAAUUUCUUCAAGCGAAAAUUCUCGUUUUCCGAGGAUGAGGGUGAGCCAAUGGAUGAUGUCAACACGGGGCCACCGAGCUCGUUCUCGUUUCAAUCGAUAGCGAAUAAGGUGUCGAAUACGAUUAGUGCCCCCACAUCGCCUGCCAAGAGUAGAGAGUCACUUGCAGCUGCACUGGAGAGAUCACUCAACCACGACAGAAGUCGUGGAGAGCCCCUUAUGAAAGAUGCGAAAGUCCUACUCGUCAUCGACUCCCACCACGUGGAUUGGUCCAAAUACUUUCGAACCCACACUGAAUUCGCUAUCCGAGUGGAACAAGGAGACAUCGAUGAGUUGGAUGUGAUGUGCACUGAAAAGUCGUGUUCAGUGGAGCUCAACCAGCCGGGAAAAGAUAUUCGAGUCUUCACACCGUCAGCAGUUUUCUUGGGAGCCGGAGCGACACGGUGUGCUCAGUUGAAGACGAUCACCAGGGCGUUUAUAGCGGCUCAUAUUCCGUUCUUGAACUCUCAUACGUCUGCUGUCGCGUUUUUGGAUAAGAAUAAUUUGAAAAAGCAGUUGAAGAAGAUCACGCUGUCGGAUGGGGCAUCGAUACCGAUGUUGCCGAUUGUGCACUACCCGCAUUUUCAUAAAUUUCAUCAAGGUCAGGCGUCAACGUACCCGAUGAUUGUGUCAGUCAACGAGGGAUUUCGGGGAAUCGGAAAAAUCAAAGUGAACAAUCAUGAGGAGUUGUGUGAUGUGGAGGGGAUGUUGCAGAUCAUGACGAAGGGAGAUACGGAGGUAGAAGUGCAACCCUUCGUCGAUGCCAAAUACGAUCUACACAUCCAAAAAAUUGGUCAUGAAUACAAAACAUUCAUCCGUCGUGGAAUCUGCAAACACUGGAAGAGCAACGUCGGAUCAAGCGUCCUCGAACAAAUCGCCACCUGUGAACGCCAUAAGAAAUAUCUGAAAGCCAUCACGGAUCAUGUCGGUGCUAUGCAAAUUUGCUCUAUUGACAUCUUGGUGUCAAAAGAGGGACGGGAGUUUGUACAUGAUGUUAACGAUGUUAUAGCAUACUUUGGAGAGUCCGCUGAGGACGAUAGGAGGGCUGCUAGCAUGUUGUUGAGGGCGUUGGUAGCGCCCAGGGUGACUGCCACGUCACCAGUUGAAAAUGGAGCUCAUGGACAUGGAAAUGUGCAUACGCAACCACAUCAUGAAGUGACUUCGCCCACAUCGUCAUCUGCUAAUGGCCACCACCCAGCCCCGCCUCCUGGAGUCCCCAACCGCCGUCUUCCUCCCCAACCACCAUCCACAUCCACAUCCUCCCACCAUAUUCCACGCGGAUUUUCUGACAAGAUAGAACCACGUCAUAAAGAUCACUACGAUCCACCACCACAGAUUCCACGAACCGCGUCGAAAGAGUCGGUAUCGUAUGUGGAUGAUACGAUGGGACAGUUGAAGAGGACGUUCGCCGGAUUCUUUGGGGAAUGA